GGCCCGAGGGGCCCAGCGCGGGCCGGAGCGGCCAGGAUGCAAGGGAAGGCGAGCCCGGCGGCGGCUUGGCGGGCCUGUGGGGGGGCCGGGGCGAGGCUUGCGGGCGCGGCGGUGUUGCAGCCGCUGGCUCGGGAGACGAGGGCGCCGCCGCGAGUGCGGCUGUAGGCGGUCGUGCCGGCGUCGGCGGCGGCGCUGGGCGCGCGGGCGCACGGGCACUGACGCCCUGGUGCGACGAUGCGUCGGACUCGGACGACGAGGCCGAGGGGCACGCGGCGGAGUCCGCCGCGGGCCCAAGGGAGGCGCCGGGCGUGAACCUGGACCCGCGCAUGCUCGCCAGGACGCUGGGGCGGGUCUACAUGGAGCACCGGGGCCCCGAGGUCAUCGAGGCAUGGCGCGAGAGGCUCCAAGGCGGCGCGGCGCACGGACCGGCGCCCGAUUGUGGCGUGGGCCCCUCGCCGCCAGAGUUAGAGCACCUUCUCGUGAACGAGGUCCGCUUCACUCACGCGUCUGUGUCGAGGAGGUUUCGCCAUGGACCCCACCGAGGCAAGGAGAUCGUGAGCCUCGCGGCGGCGCUGGAGUCCGGCGACGCGACCGUCGACGACGUGCCGCUGGUCUGCGUGCGGCUCGCCGACAAGACGUACAGCCUGUUUAACAGGCGCCUGUACGGCCUCCGGGAGUACGCGAGCAGGAGGCCGCCCGGGGAAGACGUCCGCGUGCCGGCCUGGGUCUUCAAGGCCGACCCCGUGACCGCUAAGUUCGUGAUAGCGUUCACGAGCCAGUGCGAUGGGGCCAAGGCCUUUCUGCGAGGCGAGUGAUGAGCCCGUCUGAGCCGGGAGAGCGGCUGGGCUGUUUGCUAGAGGGAGGGCGGAG